CCUCUUUCCUAACGAGUUUCCUGCUUUUGUGGGACAGACCUAGGAGAGCUGCGAAAGAGUAGAAGGUAUGUGAUCGUCUAGAAAUUGCUUUGGAGUCAGAACCUGGAAAAAUGAGGUUCUAGUUUCCCACGCAGAACGUGUACAACGGGAUCUUCCCAUCGUUUGGUACCUUCUCACAUUCACUAGCUACCGGCUUUUAGUUUCAAAAGGAAUCUUUGCUGUCUCCCUACAAGAAAACUCAAAAAGGAGGAACGGAGAGUUUCUACUUGUGACCCAUCCUCAGGUCGGAAGUGGAAGGAGCAGGGACAGAAGACCUUGCACAUUUUUCCUUGUGAUGAAGAGAGAAGUUAAAACAUGACUGUUCCUACCUACCGAAACCUCUUUCUGAUGUCCGUCCCCUUAACUGCUCAUCUGUUGUCAACUGUCUGCUAUCACCAUCUAUACCACCAUGUGGUUAGAGACACACUGGAAGAACAUCCGCCAAACCCUGUUGCUUCUUUUCACGGCUGCUCUUCUCAUUGGGGUCACCAUGCUGGCCAUUUCAUCUAACAUCAACCCAGUAGGCUAUUUCUUCCUAGGGGUAGGGGGAGUGUGCCUGGUCGGCUAUUUGCUGAGUGUCUUUGUUGAGUGUUACCUGAAGGAUCAGCACCGACAGGAGGCAAAUGAGACACCGCCAAACAGACAAAGCCAUGCAGAGGUGAACAGUGCCUAUGAAGCGCCCACCUAUGAGGAGGUGAUGACCACGUCAGUUCCAGCAAUAUGGACGAUUACAUCCAAUCCAGGCUUAGUGCCCUCACCACUGAACGAGCCUCCUCCUUACAGUGUAGUUAUUGAAUCAUCUGCCCAAGAAGAGAUUACGCUGGAUGCUCUCAGGGUGUCAGUGGUGUCAGACACAAGGCACACCUCCGAGACAGACACAGGCUCCAGGAUGCAGUUGCAGCUGGUGCUGCCUCCAAGACUGCAGCGGUUUGUUUCAGAUAUCCAUGAAGUGAAAGGUAUUGAAGACACGUUUGAGCCACUGGAGCCACUCACUCCACCACCUGCUUAUGAGAGUGCCAUCAAUGAUGAGGUCUUUGAAGACGCUUUCCAGCCCUCCGUAUUAUGAUUAAUUUCACCUGUGAAUGCAGAAACAAACUCUCACCCCAAUACAGGGUGCUCCUGGAGGAAAGGUGAAAGAGAUGAGAUUUUUCACACACAAAAGCUGUAAAAGUUUGCCUCGCCAUCCUUUGAACCAGAGCUGAACUACAGACACAGCUUCUAAUCUCACCAGAAUCUUUUUGCACAAAAUAUAAAUCAACGGAAUACCACCAUGCUUUGUCGUGGCAGACAUGUAAAACCGCUGUGAGGAAAGUUGUGUUAUAUACAGCAACAAUUCUCAAACUGGAGAUACACCUUUACGGGGUGUAGCAUGAGAAGAGACAAGAGUUCCAAAGGAACUCUGUAUGCAGCCAGGAGAAGCUGCCUCAGAAACAGAAGGAGUAGAAACAGCACUAAGCAGGUUCUGCCUGUGCGCUACAAACAGCAGUAUUGCCGAGAGCUGUGCAAUCACCAGCCACCCUAAGAUCCCUAAUGAGCAACUGAGGUUGCAGUUCCCCGAGCUGCUGUUUUACAGCUACACAAAUUCAUGGUCUGUACUGUGUUGCUCCACAUCCUCAGCUGUGCUGCACCAGAGCGUGACUUAGGGGAAAGGUGGUUGUCUUCAUCUGGAAGCCGGCAUCACCUGAUACCUGUCACUUGGGGUUGAAAAGCUGACGGCAAGCAUGGCAUCAUGAAAUGACUCCUGUUGUUCACAAAGUUCUCAUCCCACACAGCCUGCAGUGGUGGACAAGAGGGAGACAAUAGCAGUUUUUCUCCUGUAAGAGAGGCCGGCGGUGGGAUACAUACACAUAAACGUAUUCUCUGCUUGGACCACCAAACUUUGCAGCUCUACAGGAGGGUGUAUUUCUCUGCUGCACUACAUCCCCAAAGAGAUCACUUUGAGAUACUUUAUUGUCAUCAUGGCAAGCACUUGCACAGAAAGGUCAACACUCCUCCAGUUCCCCGUAAUGAUGCCGUGCACAGGGGGUUCCUCUCUGGACUCUGGAAAGAGCUGGUCUGUCUGAUGAGGCCGUGGCGGCAGGGGAGAACACCUGAGAAUAGCAGCCCCGAGGCACACGCAGUUUUCGUCAUGACGGCUCUAGGUUGGAGCGAGGUACUAGCUCACACUGAUCAGUCACGCCGUGUGGUCUUUUGAAAUGGGUGAGUUAAACUGAUGGGAUCUGCAGUGUUAAAGUGGUCUGCAGUAUGCAGAGAGACAUUCGUGUCUGGCGAAUGCCGAAAUAUGGUGGUCCGAAUAUCCUGUGAAGGAGAGAAGCAAUCAUCACAGCCUCAUGUCAUACAACUGCAUCAUUUUUAAUUCAUAUGAGGAACCAUCAAACCAUAGUCUAUAAGCAAAUAAAUUAUUUCUCCUUGUUUGAUUCUUUAUAGUUCAAAGAAAAAACCCUGACCUUUUGUGUUGUUUAUAAAUAAACAGGACAGCGUUAAAAAUACCUGGUAGCAUCAUUAGUUUUUCCUCCCAAAA